AUGUCUUCCCUCAACAUCACCCUACGAGGCCACUUCACGGCAACUCGCUCCCCAGAACAAGCCAUGGUCCACCUCACCAUAGAAUCAACAGGCGAGUCCGAAGCGGCAGUCACACAAGAAGUAACCUCGACCAGCAACGAUCUCCUUGCAAGCCUAGAGACCCUCCGUCCGAUAGAAGAAGACGGUACAACCUCCUCCACCGCGGUAUCAAGCAUUUCCGCUAGUAAGAUGUACCUCACAACGAAGAACCGCAAUGCAUACGACUCGAUGGAAAACGUCUCCGAUAGUCCGCGCAUCUACGACGCCGUCAUCACGAUCUACGUCGUCUUCUGUGACUUCAACGAACUGCAUAAGUUCAUUCAGAAGGUCGAUGGCUAUCCCAGUGCCAGAUUGAAUAAUGUCGUCUGGUACCUCACUGAUGCUACCAAGGGUGAUAUUGGUGCGGAGUCGCGGAAGAAGGCUGUGCGAGAUGCUGUUACCAAGGCGAAUCAGUAUGCGGAGGCUGUUGGUUUUGAGGAUGUUACUCCGAUCGAUAUUAGGGAGAUUGAUGAGUCUUUGAAUCCUUCGGCUCUGUCGCAGAAGCCUACUUAUCGUCAUCCUAGUGGGGUUAGCUUGACGCCUCAGGAUAUUGUGCUCAAUUGUUGUGUGCAGGUUGUUUUUGAGACUUCUUGUGAUCUUGGAUCUGGGACUAGGGCUGAGUGA